CCGGGUUUCAGCAGUCCGCUCGAGCCUCAGCGCCUUCAACACGCACUCAAACACACGCGCGCGCGCGCGGAGAUAUACACGCACUCGCAGGAGCGCGCGCGCACACUCACGCCAAGGCGGCUCGCUCGCAGCAUCGAUCGCUGUGGCUCCUUUAAGAAGAAGAAGAGAAAAAAAAACUAAGGCAGAAUUAUCAGCCCACCUCCUGCUCUCCGUCUCAUUUAGACGCCUUUUUUUCCCUCUCCCUCUCUCUCUCUUUUUUGUUUUGCAUAAAGAAGAAAAGAGAGAGGGAAAAAACAACUCGAGAGAGUGAGAGAGAGAGAGAGAGAGAGAGAGGCUGUGAGCGCGUCGUGCUCGUGAGCAUUUGAGCGGUUCUCGCGCGGCGUGUGCGAACCGGCGGAGGCACAGCGGAGGAUCAUCAUUCAUUCAGCACUUUGACAAGCUUCGCCUUUUUGACUGACAGCCGGAGCGGCGAGAAAGAGAGAGAGAGAGAAAGAGGGAGAGAGAGAGAGAGAGACCGAGAGAGAAAGAAGGGAGGAAAGACAGACAGAAAAAAGCCAUGGGACUCGCUAGUUUUCUUUGAGGCUCUGUUUCCACAUCGAUCCGGUUUGGCAGAGAAGCUCGGCGGUGCGGAGAGGAGCUGCUGGCCGAAGUUGAGCGUCCAGGACCGGCUUCGUCGCACGAAAGACGCGCUUGGAUUUUUUUUGUGCUUCUCCUUCUUCCUUUUUGUGGAUUUGGCGUGUCUCCGUUCUUCUCCACGCUGGCCUCUUAGGGAAUAUAUCUCGCCUUGAACGAGUCCGAGGGAGCGUGGAGGGCGAUGGCGCAGAGGUACGAAGACCUGCCCCACUACGGCAUGGACGGGGUAGGGAUCCCCACCACCAUGUACGGGGACCCCCACGGCGCGCGCUCCAUGCAGGCGGUGCACCUGAACCACGGCGCGCAGCUGCACGCGCACCAGUACGCGCACGCGGCUCACCCCAACGCCAUGGCGCCGGGCAUGGGCAGCUCGGUGAACGACGCGCUGAAGAGGGACAAGGACGCCAUUUACGGGCACCCUCUAUUUCCACUGCUAGCACUGAUUUUUGAGAAAUGUGAAUUAGCGACAUGCACCCCCAGAGAGCCCGGGGUGGCGGGAGGAGAUGUUUGCUCCUCUGAGUCCUUCAAUGAAGACAUAGCAGUGUUUGCAAAGCAGAUCAGAGCAGAAAAGCCAUUAUUCUCAUCAAAUCCCGAGCUGGACAAUUUGAUGAUUCAAGCCAUUCAGGUUUUACGUUUUCACCUGUUGGAGCUGGAGAAGGUGCACGAGCUCUGCGACAACUUCUGCCACCGCUACAUCAGCUGCUUGAAGGGCAAAAUGCCCAUCGACCUGGUCAUCGACGAGAGAGAAGGAGGCUCCAAGUCCGACAGCGAAGAGAUCAGCAGAUCCUCAGGGCCGCUCGAUCAGACCUCAUGGAACAGAGACCAUGACGACACAGCGUCCACACGCUCCGGGGGCACACCGGGACCCUCCAGCGGCGGACAUACAUCGCACAGUGGCGACAACAGUAGUGAACAAGGCGAUGGGCUGGACAACAGUGUGGCCUCCCCCAGCACAGGCGACGACGAUGACCCAGACAAGGAAAAGAAGAGGAAUAAAAAACGCGGCAUCUUCCCCAAAGUAGCAACCAACAUCAUGCGGGCAUGGCUCUUCCAGCACUUGACGCACCCCUACCCAUCAGAAGAACAGAAAAAACAACUGGCACAAGACACCGGUCUUACCAUACUACAAGUGAACAACUGGUUCAUAAAUGCGAGAAGGAGAAUAGUGCAGCCAAUGAUCGACCAGUCCAACCGAGCAGUAAGUCAAGGAGCUCCCUACAACCCAGAUGGUCAGCCCAUGGGAGGCUUCGUGAUGGACGGCCAGCAGCACAUGGGAAUCAGACCACCUGGUCUGCAGGGCAUGCCAGGGGACUACCUGUCUCACAGCGGCCCGAUGGCCAUGGGCAUGGGCCAGCCGGCCUACGGCGGCCCCCAGCUCCCCCACCACUCCAGCCAGCUGCGGCCUGGGCCUCCCAUGCGUUCUUACAUUCCUGGACACCCCCAGCACUCAGCGAUGUUGAUGCAUGGAGGACCGCCCCACCCUGCCAUGCCCAUGUCAGCCUCCAGCCCCCCCAUGCUUCCCCCAGGAGACCCCACCAUGGGCGGACAAGUCAUGGACAUCCACGCCCAGUAGUUUGCUACCAACGGAUCCUCGAAACGGCCACGCUCGAGACAGGGAACUGCGAUUGGUUUGUUUCUGGUGCUUCACCCAGCAAAUAUUACAUGCUGACUUGCUGCAGAAACUGAGGAGGCUCUUCAUUCUUAAGCGCAGACUCAGUUUAAAAAAAGAAGCCUGCGUCUGCACACCAUGGGACACUUACAGAGGAUGUGCCCUUUGCCAAGAAUCAAACCAAGAGAAAGAGAAAGAUUGAAAUUAUUACUAUAUCAGCUCCUAAGGGGGAGGAGGAGAAUCUGUAUACUGUUGUAAAAUUACAUUUGGACUCAUAUGAGAACUGGGAAUUAAGUAUUGUAAAUGCUAUCGUAUUGUUCUGCAUAUUAUGUUGUUUCUAAUAGAUUUUUUAAAAAAGGAUGUGAACUUUUUUUCUUUCCACACUAUGUGUGUGCCAUCUCCAUAGACUUUUGACCUCCUCCCUAAAUCACCUUGCGUUUAAAAAGAAAAAAAAUAUGUGAAUAAAUCAAUAAUUGGUUGAAGCGUU